GGCUGGGCGUCUGGAGGCGGCCGCCCAUUCCCCAAGGAGGGGGGCUCGCAGCUGUCGCCCCCUCCCUCGCUGAGGGGGGGGGGGAGAAGCGAGCGCUGGAGACCUGAGAUGGUGGCGGCAGCGGCGGCCGCAGCAGUAGCAGUAGCAGCAGCAGCAGCUGUUCUUCGCUCCAGCCGCAUUGAGGCCCCUGCGCCAGGCGCUGCGUGCCAGCCCGUCCGCCCCGGAGGACGCCACCCAGCUUGGCAGCGCCCGGACGGAGCGAGCAGAGAGUCCCCAGGCCCCGGGACGGCGCCCCGCUUCCUCCUCCUCCUCCCGCGCCCCCGAUCCCUGGAAAUCUAGAGCGCCUCGCCUUCUAUAGCCGCCGCAGCGCCGGGGAGGAGUUCCGGCUUCGACCCUUUUUGCCGCCUUCUCCGAGGGCCCAUUGAAAAAAAAACCUGGUUGGCUUCCCUGGAAAAGGGACGCUUCCUCUUCGCUCCCACCCCUCCCGCAAGGCAGAAUCCCGGAGCCCCGGAGGGGCUUUCGUCUUCGCGCAAAGAGGUCCUUUGGGGGGGGGGCUUUCUUCUUCCACCUUUCUGCCUGCACCUCCUGCGCGCUCACACGAUCAGAAGCAGGAUCCCUCCGCCAUGAGUCGCCGGGUGGUGCGCCAGAGCAAGUUCCGGCACGUCUUUGGGCAGCCGGUCAAGGCCGACCAGAUGUACGAGGACAUUCGGGUCUCCAAGGUGACGUGGGACAGCUCCUUCUGCGCCGUCAACCCCAAGUUCGUGGCCAUCAUUGUGGAGUCUGGCGGCGGGGGGGCCUUCAUGGUUUUACCCCUGGCCAAGACCGGCCGUGUGGACAAGAACAUCCCCCUGGUGACGGGGCAUACGGCCCCCGUGCUGGACAUUGACUGGUGCCCCCACAACGACAACAUCAUUGCCAGUGCCUCCGAAGACACAACCGUCAUGGUGUGGCAGAUCCCCGACUACAUCCCCAUGCGCAACCUGACGGAGCCAGUCGUCACCCUCGAAGGGCAUUCCAAGCGGGUGGGGAUCCUGACCUGGCACCCCACAGCACGCAACAUCCUCCUGAGCGCAGGGGGCGACAACGUCAUCAUCCUCUGGAACGUGGGCACUGGGGAGGCGCUCCUGACCCUGGACGACCUGCACACCGACCUCAUCUACAAUGUCUGCUGGAACCACAACGGGAGCCUCUUUGUCACCACCUGCAAGGACAAGCACCUGCGGAUCAUUGACCCCCGGCAACACCUGGUUGUGGCAGAGAAAUUCAAGCCCCACGAAGGCGCCCGUCCUGUCCGAGCCACCUUCAUGGCCGAUGGCAAGGUCUUCACCACCGGGUUUAGCAAGAUGAGCGAGCGGCAGCUAGCGCUUUGGGACUUGAAGAACUUCGAGGAGCCCAUAGCCCUCCAGGAGAUGGACACAAGCAACGGGGUUCUCCUUCCCUUCUAUGACCCUGAUUCCAGCAUAGUCUACCUGUGUGGCAAGGGGGACAGCAGCAUCCGGUACUUUGAGAUUACGGACGAAGCCCCCUACGUCCAUUACCUGAGCACCUACAGCAGCAAAGAACCCCAGCGAGGGAUGGGCUUCAUGCCCAAGAGAGGCCUGGAUGUCAGCAAAUGCGAGAUUGCCAGGUUUUUCAAGCUGCACGAACGCAAAUGCGAGCCCAUUGUAAUGACCGUUCCACGAAAGUCCGACCUCUUCCAAGACGAUUUAUAUCCGGACACGCCGGGUCCUGAACCCGCACUGGAGGCAGACGAGUGGCUGUCGGGAAAGGACGCGGAGCCCAUCCUGGUUUCGUUGCGGGACGGCUACGUCCCUGUCAAGAACCGGGAGCUCAAGGUCACCAAAAAGAACAUCCUGGACAGCAGACCCCCCACAGGGCCACGGCGAAGCCAGUCCACUUGCGACACAAACCUUUCGCGCUCCGCCUUGGAGGAGCUUCUUGAAGAGAUCCGGUCCUUGCGGCAAACUGUCCAAGCUCACGAGAAGCGCAUCUCUGACCUGGAAAACAAACUCUGCCAGUUCACCAACGGGACAGACUAGCAACUCCGCCCACCCUCCCCGAAAAACCCACCCAACAGCCUUGGCCAUGCCUGGGGACACCCUCCACCGGAGACCCGGAUUCUGCCUCUUUCCCCCUUCCCGGAGACUCUGCUGCUUAUUCUCCCAUGCUCAGCGGACGUUUGCAGUGGGGAGCUGGGACACCCCCUCCCCACCUACUGGAAAUGACCCACCACCACCCUGACCUCCACCCCUAGCUUGGACUUUGAUCUUAGCUGCUUUGGAACGACAGGCAAGACCUUUUCGGGGAGGGGGCAGAGAGAGUGAAGAUGAGAGGGAUCAUAUCCUGGCUCCCCACCCUGUCCCAAACUGGGCCCGACACCCACCCUCUACCUCAUCCUGCCUUCUCCUUGCCACGGAACAGGACAACUGUGUUAUUUUUUUGGGGGGGGUGUUCCACGUGUGUUUUGGGGUGCAGUGACUGGGGUGGGGGGGUUGAGAUUUGAGGUUGAAUGGAGA